AUAAUUCCGACGUUCAUGCUAGUCUUUGAAAGCAUCUUAGUAUUGGCUUCCGACGCAGUCCUCAGCGGAUGCGAGCGAGGGGGGGAGCUGUUGUCAUCUGGCCCGGCGGUGGUGUGACGACCCUUUUGUCCAGGGGAAAUGGCUGGGAUUAAAGCUCUCAUCACGCUGUCCUUCGGAGGGGCCAUCGGCCUCAUGUUCCUCAUGCUGGGAUGCGCCCUCCCCGUCUAUGAUAAGUACUGGCCGCUGUUCCUCCUCUUCUUCUACAUCCUCUCGCCCAUCCCGUACUGCAUCUCACGGCGGGUGGUGGAUGACACCGACUCGGCCAGCAACGCCUGUAAAGAGCUGGCCAUCUUCCUCACGACGGGCAUCGUCAUCUCAGCCUUCGGCCUGCCCGUCGUCUUCGCGCGAGCUGAAGUCAUUGCUUGGGGGGCGUGUGCGCUCGUUUCGACGGGCAACAUUGUCAUCUUCGGGACCAUCCUGGGCUUCUUCCUAGUCUUCGGAUCCAACGACGACUUUAGCUGGCAGCAGUGGUAAACCAGCAGAGGGAGGGGAUCUCAACCGUUUUUAUUAUUGUUGAUAUUAUUAUUAUUAUUAGCACAUUAUUAAUGGUUUUAUCAUUUGGUCCUUGUUAUUAUUAUUUUUAGUAAAGUCACUCCGAAGCCGGGCAAUACUUUUUGUUUCAGACUGGCCUGCUUCACAUUGAACUGACAUGAGUUGUUUUGGGGGUUUUUUUCCCCCCCGGCUCAUUUUUGGGAAUUCUUGUCCGACAUCUUUCGUUACCUCUGUUAUGAUAUUUGAGAGUUUGGAGCCAAACUGCCAUCGACUGCUGUGAAAGCUAUGAAUAAGGACAUUACCUGAAUGUCUAAGAAGACCUACAUGACAAUGUCAGUUUAUUUUUGUAUUAUUUCAAUUGCAUUUGCUCCAGUCCACUAGGUGGCAGGGAGUAAAUUCCCUCUUUGGUGAUUUGCCAACUGCUAACACACGUUCAAUCAUUGGCACAAGACAGAAAGAAGCAAGGGUUGGAAUUGCAGAAUAUCUUGAAAAACAAUAUUGCAAUAUUUUUCUGUACAGCAGCUUACACAGUAAUCAAUGUAUUGGAAAACAAUAUCUGAAACAUUGAUAUGUCCAAUAAUUUUUUUUCCGGAGCAAGAAGUAAAUUAUUCCUAAAAACCCACAUGUAUGUUCAUUUAAAAAAAAAAAUUUUUACGCAGACUUGCACUUCUGUGAGUCAAUAGCCACCGUCCAGUUUUUUUUUUUUUAUAUGACCUGAACACGAAAAUUAAUAUUUGUUGUUGUUUUUCUCUUAGUUAAUUUAAAAACAAAUUGGAGUUAUUGUACAUGUCUUCAUUGGACAGUGAGUUUAUCGGCUUUUAAUAAUGUCUAGAAAGUCUAACCAUGUCAUUAAAGCACCAACAUUUUACAUUUGAAUUGGUGUAAUUCAGAUUUUAAUGGCGCUUUUUAGGUACUUGACCUACACGCAUCAAUCAGCUUCAGCUCAGCAGAUAUGAAUUGAUAUUAUCAACUUUUAGCUCAAAAUAUUCCACUCAUUAACCUAUGAGACACCCUUCAGAAAUGUUCACCGAGGUGCGUCCAUACUGCAAAUGGAUGACGAUUUAUUUAGUCAAUUAAAAAAAUCUAUUUUAAUAAUAUGUACCCUUUAAGGUAUUAUCAGUAUCUGAUGCCGGUGUAUCGAAACUGUAUUGUGAAAGAUCAGAAUAUAUCGCAAUAUCGAUAUUUUGUUCCACUCCUGCUCUGCAACCUUUUAAUCAAAAAUGGCGUGCCAUAUCAUUGCAGGUUGUUUUCUGUUGUGUCGCCCUGAACAUUCAUUGUCAAUAAUAUAACUCCCGACCGUCGAGUCAUAUGACUUAAAUUUUUUUGUCACCCUGACAUCAUCACCUCAGUGAAGGCAUUGAUUGUACUAAGAAGCUCUGGAAUGAAGGCAGCUCUGUGAAAAACUACUGACAUAAUUUGUGUGUUUUGUUCCGUUACACUAAUGCUUUGACGUCGGUCGGAACGCCCUGAAUAUGAGACGAAGCCACUGUUGGUGAUCUAAAAAAAACAAACAAACAAACAAAAAAAAAAGAGUGAAAGAAAAAACUAAGAAUUUCUAAUGUUUCCGACAUGGUCUGACUGUGCGUAGCUGUAGCUUGGUCAUCUCUCUCUGUCUGUUACUGUUAUUAGCAUUUUGCUCCCACACUGGCAGUCAUGUCAUAUUUAUUUUAUUUUAUUUAAUAGAACAGCUCAUGUUCGAUGCAAUUAUUCUAUGGCUGAAGACAGCAUGGCGAGUCAUUGUUUUUAAAUAAAUUCAAUUUUGGGACAUUC